AUGUUCCGCUUCAUAAUACUGUCCAUUUUCGUAAUUGGCUACACACAAUGCAACAUCAUAGACCAGAAUGAUGAUAAUGAGUUACUUUUAGCGUUUGUGGUUAACAGACACGGCGAGAGAACACCGGAUUCUGAUGAGUUGUCUCUGUCAAAUGAACCGGAAAGGAUAAAGAAGCUGAUAUACAUUGAAGGAUUGGAAGGAUUAACUAAUGUGGGAAAGCGAAGGGCGUACCAAGUAGGAAAAUUCGUUCGUCAAAGGUACGGUUCAGAAGGCUACGGACUACUUUCGAGGCUGUAUCUUAAAGAUGAGUUAAUGCUAAGGAGCACGGAUAAGGAAAGGACAAAAAUGACAGCACAGCUGGCUAUGGCUGCCCUUUAUCCACCAGAAGAGGACCAGCAGUGGGAUGAUGGGUUGGGAAAGGUUUGGCAACCGGUGCCAUACACAGCAGUACCAUUAAAGGAAGAUUAUCUUCGUUACUAUUCCAACUGCAAACGAUUCCAAGAUCUUAUGGCCAUUGCAAAAGCGGAGUCUCUCAACCAGGAAUUCAAACCUUACACAGAACUGUUCAGACUGGUGAAUAUAACAACUGGCAGGGAUUUCUCUCAGGAUCCACUCCUAUUUGAGACCCUGUUCGAUUUGUUUAAGAGUCAGGUAAGCUUAGGCCUUGACAUUCCCUCCUGGGCCAAACUUGUUCUGCCGAAGCUUGGGGAGACAGCAAGAUUGGCGUAUAGACUUUACUUCAGAACCGAUGAAAUGAAACGACUUGGUGGAGGUGUCAUCUUGAACGACUUCAUCCAAGCAGCAUCAGACAUAAUAGCUGGAAAGGAAGUCACCAAACGUGUCCGUCUCUACUCUGCUCACGAUUUCAACAUAGGCUCUUUAAUGGAAGUCAGCGGAGUGUCCCGUCAUGAGCAGCCAGUACCAGAAUACGGAGCAGUAUUUGCGCUGGAACUGUUCAAGUCUAAGAGUACAGGAGAGAUUACUGUAUUGCCAAUCUACGUGGCAAAAGCAGGCGAAUCGUCCCUCCAAAAGCUUCAUUUCAAGGAUUGCGAGGCGCAUAGUAACUACUGCCAUUUCGAUAAGUUCAAAAACAUGACUCGCCAGUAUCUUCUGCCGGAGAAGGAGUUCUACAACACGUGCAACAUAAAGACUGAACUGUGA